AUGGAGAUGGGUGAAUCCAGCAAAAAAUACCCUCAUGAUGAUCAGAAGCAAUUACUUGAUGAUGAUGAUGACGACGGCGACGACCAUGACCAUCAGGUAGAAGGAGCUAGUGCUACCGCAACCUCUUCUUCUUCUUCUUGGAGGAUCAGGAGAAGUACUGGUAGUACAAGUAGCCUUCUCAUUGAUAAUUUAGUAGAUGAAGAGAGCGAUGAAGAUCUUUUCACGGUUCCGGAUGUAGAAGCUCGACCACCAGCAGAGUCUGCUGCUACUGCUACUGCUACUACAGUGGUGAAUAAUUACACUUCUACUUACAAUAAUAAGAAUACUAAUUAUAAUAAUAAUCCAGAGGUUCAAUCCACAGCAGCAACAAGGAAUAUUAAACGCCAUAGAGGACGAAAUCCUGCUGACAAAGAAUAUAGAAGGCUCAAAAGCAGAUUGCUAAGGAACAGGGUCUCAGCUCAACAAGCUAGAGAAAGAAAGAAGGUUUACGUCAAUGACUUGGAAUCAAGAGCCAAAGAAUUACAGGAAAUUAAUACCAAAUUAGAGGAAAAAAUUUCCACUUUGAUCAAUGAAAACACCAUGCUUCGGAAGGUCCUCAUGAAUACUAGGCCUAAGGUUGAUGAAAGCACUGAGCAAGUGCAAUGA